AUGGAGAUCGAAGAGCCCAUACCGAUGGAGCCACCGAGGAUCCACCGCCUCGACCAGGCUGUGGUAAACAGAAUCGCCGCCGGUGAGUUAAGGAUGGCGGCCUCAAGGCUCAAGCUCAUCCAAGUCUCCGAUGACGGCAAUGGCAUCCCCCAUGAUGAUUUACCAAUAUUAUGCGAAAGGCAUACGACAUCAAAGUUAAGUAAAUUUGAGGAUUUGCAGUCCAUUAAGUCAUUGGGGUUUAGAGGGGAGGCCUUGGCAAGUAUGACCUACGUGGGUCAUGUCACAGUCACCACCAUUACCAAGGGUCAGCUUCAUGGUUACAGGGCAACAUAUAGAGAUGGUAUGAUGGAGCACGAACCAAAAGCAUGUGCAGCUGUGAAGGGGACUCAAAUAAUGAUUGAGAAUUUAAUUUAUAACAUGACUGCUCGGAGGAAAACACUUCAAAAUUCUGCUGAUGACUAUCCAAAAAUUGUGGACCUGAUUUGUCGGUUUGCUAUACACCAUAAUAGUGUGAGCUUCUCUUGCAGAAAGCAUGGAGCUUCUAGACCAGACAUUCACUCUGUGGUAACAUCUUCAAGGCUUGAUGCUAUCAGAUCUGUCUAUGGGGUGUCAGUUGCUCGAAAUCUCAUAAAGAUUGACGCUUCUGAUAGUGAUUCUUCGAGCUCGAUUUUAAGUAUGGAUGGUUUCAUUUCAAAUUCUAAUUACAUUGCAAAGAAGACAAUAAUGGUGCUUUUUAUCAAUGAUAGACUGGUGGAGUGUGGUGCUCUCAAGAGGGCAAUUGAAAUUGUUUAUACUGCAACAUUGCCCAAGGCAUGA